CGAAGGACAUUUAAAAAGUUAAUUAAAAGCCUUAUUAAGACGGCUAAUGGAUUCCUCUAAUUUAGAGGAACAUUUAAAAGCAACGUUGACAGAUGCUUUUAAUAAGGCACAGACAGCAGUUUUAUUAGAUUCAUCUAAUAAUAUUAAUGAUGCUAUUCAUGCGUAUACACAAGCAUGUUCAUUAUUGAAAGAAGUUAUUGUGCAACUUCCAGAGGGUAAAUAUCAAGAGCGUUUGCAGGUGACAUAUCGAGCAUAUUUAGAACGAGUUCAUUUGCUUGAUGGACUUAAUCAGUCGGAUUUGGAUGAUGCAGAUGAAGCAAUAUUUGCAGAUGCACAGACAUCGGCUUCAUCUCCUACAGGAUUUUUUCCGGAAUCGCCACACUGUGAAUCUCAUGAUAAUGUGGAUUCUUGUACUUCAGAUUUAUCAAAAAAAUCAUUUACAAUGAAUUAUAUUAAGCAGAUUUCAUUCUCUGAUAUUAAUUUAUUAAGUCCAAUAAAGUAUUUACUGAAGCCGAUUAAAGAAAUUAUUUCUCCACCAGUACCUUUUUUAGAAUCACCGGAUCAAAUAGGAUCUGUUAUUCCUUUGAAUUCUAAAGGGUCAUUGGAACUUGUUAAGAAUGCGGAUAAUAUAGAAGCUGAUGAUACAAUUAUGGAGGAAAACAAAUCUGUUUCAUCUGGGAAAGUUUCUAUUGAAAAUGAUUCAGAAUUGGUUUCUAAACAGAUAUUUUCUUUGAAUAACACAUUUGCUAAUUGGUCGCCAUUGUUGAAUGAUUCACCCACUUUUUCUCAUGUUGAUAAUUCGAAGAAACCUGUUUUUCCAUAUGAUUCAACAGAUUCUCUAAUCUUUGAAGAAACUCAUAUAGCACCUUUUUUAAGAGUUUAUUCAGAUCACAAAUUGCAAAAAGAAAAUCAACAUGAUGAUAUUUUUGAAAAAGAUACUUCGAAUGAAAAAAAAGAUACUUUCAUGUAUCAAAAUGAUCAAUCUUUUUCUGAAACUAAAAAGAAAUUGUAUUCUUUAUAUAAUAAUUCUUGCGUCUCUUUCAAUUAUUUUGAUAAAUUAUCUACAAAUUUUUCGGAUACAUUGACAAAUUCAUCAGCACAAAUAUCUACUGCAACAUUAAUUCCAUCUAGUUCGUCAAAUAAAACAAGACAUAGUGAUACAUAUAUAUCUUUUUUACACGAUAAUAUACUCCCUAAGACUUCAUUGUUGGAAGUGGAUCCCAUACAUAUGCAAAAACCUAGGAAUCCUAUUGAAAAAACAUAUUGGCUAAUGAAGAUUCUUCAAAAAUUAUUAAUGCCAUUUAUUAUUAAAUCUGAAGGAUCUUAUAUAACACCUCAACUUUUUAUACCUAAAGAUAUAUGGUAUGUUAAAAAUGUAAAAUUAAAAGGAGAAGAAGAAAAGAUUAAAGUCUGCGAAUCUUUAAUAUUCACUCUCAAUAAAAUAAAAUCUCUUAAGAAAGAUGAUCUUCAAUCUUUAAUUAAAGAAUUGGUAUAUUUGGAUAAUAUGGUUGAUAUAUUUCGUUUUUGGCUUUUAAAAAAAUUCGGUACUGAAGUUGUAAAUCCAAAAAAGCGAUAUGGGAUUAUUAAAUUUAUUAGUAAAUCUAAAUUUUUGAUAAAAACUCCUCCUCCUGAUCAAUUUAAUACACAUAAAUUCGGGAUUGUACAGUUUGAUGGUCCUAGGAAAUCUUAUUUGACUUCUAUUUAUCGUUUAUUUGGAUCUGCACAGAUUAUCGGUCAAGUUUUAAAUAUAUUUGAUUUUCAUGAAUUACCACUUAAGGCUCGAGAUAGCAUUCAUCAAAUCUUAAUAAACAUCUCUGAUUUUUUUGAAAACGUCAUAUGUCAUUUUGUACUUAUGGAUAUAAAUGUAUUGCUCGAUCAUUUCAUUAAACAAUUUCUCUAUGGAAAUGAUUAUAAUACAAUUAUCAGCACAUAUUAA